GGUAAAUACGUCGAUGCUAAUCAAGGUGCCUGGCGACGAGAAGCUUGCGAUUGAAUACAGUGACGACGCCCAGAUGGCCGAUGAAGAGCCUUCAUACAUUGAUUAUGAGACAUUUCUCGAUCCAUCAUUUUCCGCCGAGGCGUUUGCGAAUAGCUUGGUGAUAGCUACAAACGAUCCGACAGACUCACCACUUGACCUUUCGACACCACUGUCUCGAGUCCUCUUCGAUGUGCAGGAGAUCGACACUCAUAUACAUAAUCUCACAAGCAAAUCAGCUAUUGCCUUGCUCACGUAUACCAAAGACCGCAACGAAGCCAGCCAGCGCAUCUCUCGAGAAAUAGAAGUCCCGCUUCAAAAGUUGACAGACACCUAUAACAGAUUGGAGAAGGAGGUGAUUCGAAAAUGGGAGACCGCAGACGAGGCUCGCAAGGUUACGGAACGAUUAUGGGAAACGGUCUGUCUUAGCCGGUCGGUCUCGAGAUGUCUGCUUCUCGGCCGGCAGCUGGAGAUGCAGAUGGCGGAGCUUGGAAACCCGAUAUCUUCCUCAUCAAUGACGGCGCAGGCCAAGCUAGAGGAUCAUCGUGCACUUGUACGAUCUGCCAAUACGGUUGUAGCUAUACGACGCCUCUUUGCCGCUUCAGGGCCUGGAGAAGAGGCGCACGGUUUGGAGAGGGUGAAUGUGAUAACGUCGCUGAAGAACAGCGUCAUUCUGCCCGCCGAGCAGCGUCUUACUUCCCGAGCGCAGCAGUUUGUGCGAGACUUUUCAUUAUCCACAGUCUCUUCGUCGAAUGCACCAGGCGGUGCACCGACCAUUCCUACACUCUCACCCGCGACAUAUGCGCAGGGCGAAGAUGUAAAGUCGAGAACGACCUCUGCAAUUCUAGCCCUCUAUAUGCUUUCUACACGUCCGGAUGGCUUGGCGCUGGCUACCCAUGAUCCGAAUAUUCUCCUUUCCACCCUCCAGACAUAUCUACAGACCGCAUCAGCAACAUCUGUGACGGCUCUGGCAAGAGCGUUAGCCACCUUGCCUACACUUGAUCGGGCAUUGGUUGAGGUAUCUGCCCGUUGUCAGAACAUAGUUGCUCUCGAGGCUCUACUCGAGUCGAUAAGACCACCCCACCCCUCCCACAUCGCUGCAGGAGAUGAGCGCGAACUCAACGCGCCUUCUAAUAUGCUGCAGCCGCUACUGCAAUCGCUCGACACUGCAUCUUUGCCUUCAUAUUUUUGGCGAUCUCUUGCUUCGUCGCUCUCAUCCCGGGUUCAAGAUAUCAUUAACCGAGGUGGCGUCUCGGCCCGUACCCUGAGAAGCAACAAGGAAAAGGUAAAACAUGCAAUCCGCAAUUGCGUACUGCGGGGUUCUCAGCCGCCGUCCAAAACACUGAGUAAAGGUACGGCUGCGCUAGGAGGGAAUUGGGAGCGAGAGGCCGCAGUCAUGGUUGGAUCUGUACUCGGUGUUCUUGGGCGAUAAACAUGGGGCGAAAUGGCUUGGCGUCAGGGCUGAAACACCAAUAUUUCGGACUGCCGAAGGGAACAGAUCCAACAUUUUGUGCGGCUGCUUUAACAGGGAAGGGGAAAAAAAAAAAUAGAAAUGGCCUGAAUAUGUUUGGCAUUUGAUGGGAGUUCUUCUAUUAUAUUCAUCAUGAAGAUGUGUUGCGGGGCUCGAGUUUUAAACACAUUUUGUCGCUUUUAUUACCUGUAUGGAUUAUUCAAGAUACCAUGUGUUGAUUUCCGUUUUUUGACGGGG